CUUGUACGGAAGCCGGGAGCGGUCAGAUCGCGGCGAGUUACGUAACGCGUUCUCCACUGUAGCAAUGGCGAGCAGUGAAGGCAGCGCCGGCGAGGAGUCUCAGGUCACUUACUACACCUUGGAAGAUGUGAGGAAAAGGAACAGCGCUAAGGAGCUGUGGCUGGUGAUCCACGGCCGAGUGUAUGACAUCACAAGAUUCGUGGAAGAGCAUCCCGGAGGAGAGGAGGUCCUGUUUGAGCAGGCCGGAGCCGACGCCACAGAGAGCUUUGAAGAUGUCGGGCAUUCUGUUGAUGCCCGGGACAUGCUGACGCAGUAUUACGUGGGAGAUCUGCAUCCGGACGACUGCCAAAACCACAGUAAAAAGGAUGCCGCGAUACCAUCAUCGGAUUCAUCAAGCUCAUGGGCCACUUGGCUGAUCCCGGCGGUGGCGGUGCUGAUUCUGGGCUUGAUGUACCGUUUUUACUCAGCGGACAGCCGCUCAUCCUGAGCGUUACAGCAUCCUUAACCCCGACCUGCCGGUGUCUUCACGCACAAGAAAAUGAGCAGGAUCUGAAGCACAGAGAAGAAACGUCCCAACAUCUCUGCCAGAUCCAGAACUCGAAUGGAACCUCCUCAUUUUAUGUCGGUGACCACCACCUCUCGUCCAUACCCUGUGCCUGUGUCGUGUGGUUUUAGCCCUAUCUAACCUCUGCAUAUUCUUGCAGGAUAUUGUGUCACGGAGCAUGCCUAUACUUUGUGUUCCUCCAAACGUAAUUCCACUUUUAACCACAUUUUCAGAAGUUGAAUCUACAUAAAAGGUUCAGUAACUUUGCAGAUAAUUCCCCUGGUUAGUUUUGUAUCAGUAUCAAAAUUCUGCUGGUUGCCCUUGGAAACAGACAACGGUUUAGCUCCACCUCGCUGUCAGACAUGUCGCCUAUCGGCUGAACUCUCUCACGGUCUUCUAAACUCCCAGGAAGCCAGCAAAAUUCUGAGUUCUGCUUUAGGCCUGAUUGGAGAAGAGAACAUUAAGUAACUUAGCAAGGAAUAUACAUAAAGUUCUCUAACAUUAGCUACGGAGUGCUGUAUGUUGUCAGAAGUGGAGCUCCCCUUUAAUCCUCUCCACUUUUGGGGUAUCGAUGGUCUUCUAUUUCCGUUGUGUUGCAGGGACGCGGCCUUGCUGUGAGGGGUGCAGCUGCUGGGACCACCUAAUACUCUGAUGCCUGUGUGUGAAUGGAUCACAAUUCUAUUCCAAGCCAUAACUAAAUAUCUUCAGACAUCACUGAUUUUAAUAAACUCUUCUCCUGUGUCUUA